GCCAUAUUUUCGAGGAAGAAGAAUCUUCCUCGUUGGGUUAGCUGGCUUCGGGAAGUUGUGAACGACGUGGACGAAGUUUUAAAUGAAGAAGUCGAUUAAUUUAUAGCGGCAUAGCUUGAAAAACACUUGGGAAGUCGUUUCCAUUUGCAGCUAAGUGUCUAUGGUGAGUUUUACGAAUACAUUGGCUCUGUUUUUGCAAAGACUUUAACUGUUUAGAGAAAGGCUCUCGGGCCUAACAAGCUAAUCACCAUGAGUUACGGUAAGCCUCCGCCAGACGUUGAUGGCAUGACUUCCCUCAAAGUGGACAACUUAACCUACCGAACAACUCCCGAGACCCUCCGGAGAGUUUUCGAGGAUUACGGCCGGGUAGGGGACGUUUAUAUCCCCCGUGACAGAUACACGAAAGAAAGUCGCGGGUUUGCCUUCGUGCGGUUUCACGACAAACGCGACGCAGAGGAUGCAAUGGACGCCAUGGACGGCGCGCUUUUGGAUGGAAGGGAGCUGCGGGUCCAGAUGGCCAGGUACGGAAGACCCCCAGAUUCCCACUAUGGUGGAGGAAGGAGAGGGGGGCCACCCAGGAGGAACAGCGGCUAUGGACGCCGGAGCAGGAGCCCGAGACGUAGAAGACGCAGCAGAUCCCGCAGCAGGAGCCGCUCUCGCAGCAGGAGCCGAUCCCGCUACAGCAAAUCCAGGUCCCGGUCCUACUCCCGAUCCAAGUCCCACUCUCCCAAGACCAAGAAGACCAAGGCCAAGUCCAAUUCUCGAUCCAGAUCUAAGUCCAGAUCCCCAUCCAGGUCCAGAAGCCGCACCCCGCCCUCCAAAAGAGGAUCCAGGUCAAGGUCUCAAAGCCAGCCCAAGUCUGCUGCAGAGAAUGGAGGAGAAUCCCCGUAGAUCUCGAUAUGCCAGCGACAGGUGAAAACUACAGAAGUCCCAGACCAGAAUCCAGCACAAGCAUCAGUGACCUGCUGUAAAAGGUUUUUAUUUAGUCUUCCAUGCUUUGGUUUGCUUUUUCAUGUAACCACAGAAAGUUUUUUUUGUAUUCAUCAAUGUAAUGCUUUGUCAGAACAUGCUUAUGAUUUUACAAGUCUUGCACAAUGUGGAGGGGAGUUUCGGUUGUGACCUGCUUUUCAUACUAAGAGGAAAACGUGCAUGUUUUUAAGUUUGUACCAGGGAUAGAAGUCUCAGCUUUACUGUUAAGUUCUCUUUAUGGCCUGUACCAUGAAGCGAGAGUGUAGUCGAGCUUCAGGGCUUCUGUUAAACAUCACAUUGAUCAUGUAAUAACAGCAGCAUAUAUGUAGUCACUGGCUCUUGUAGUAAUGUUUGCGUAAAGAGGUGGGCUCGCUCCAAUGUCAGAAUAUUUGUCUCUGACUUUAACAACGCUUUGUGUGUCCUAUAUUUGUCCUGUACUUCCUUCUUUCAUAUGGACCAUUUCUGAUACAACCUAGGGAUGUCAGGAGAAUCCAAUCAGAAGUCCUUUACACAAGAAGUUUUUGAUCAUUUAGAGACAUUCAGGCCCUGAAAUUAUCUGGACCUUUCUUUCACACAUGCUCCUCACAGGGGGAGAUUUUCUGUCUCAAAAAACUGCUCAGCAUUCAGGCAAGUAAGGGCAGGAGAGCAGCAGAAGGUGUCAUCAUCUUUCCUAAAGAGGGAAGUUUCUCUUACAAGUUUAAAUGUACCACCAUACAAACAGGUUUAUAAUAAACAGCAGUAAAGAUCAUAAAGCAGGGAAUUCACCACUGACAUGUGACUCUAGGUCUCACAGGGUAAAGUCCUCCUAAAGUCAGGGGGAAUUGAUUCAGCUGUUUGUAAUCUUAUGCACCCAAAUCAGACAGUGUUGGGGAAAUUUUCAGGAGUGAAGUGCAUGUGUGAAAGGGGCUAAUGUAAGGCUUUUACAACUCAGUGGUACAUAAUUUUGAUUCUUUGGGUUAGAAAUGUAGCCCUCAAAAACCAUGCUAAAUUUACAUGCUUUUCCAUCCUGUAAAACUAGGAUGCACAUUUAUUUCCCGAUGUAAAAUCUUUGCUUCUCUGUUGUUUUUCACAUGCAUUUAGGCGAAACAUUUUACUCGGUAUGUUUACAUGCAGUUCAAUAAAUGUUGUCAGACUAAAACUGGUGUUUUAAAGGCUGGUAAACAUGUUAUUUCAACAGGAAUUGUACCAAGUCAAAUUUGUAGAGUUCACACACUUAGAUUUUGUUGUGGUGGAUCAAAUUACUCUUGCUAAUUUAUAGAAAGCUCAACUUGAAAAAGCUCAGUAGUAAUGAUCUUAAAGGGGACAUAUCACCUUUGAGCUUGUAUACAAACAGGGUCUGGUUAAAUGGCCUGAUCCAGUUAUAAACAUAGCUCGACAUGAUUGUGCAUGCAAACAUAAUGAGUGAAAAUGGUUCAAUAUAAGCUCAGUGUAGGGUGAUUGAGUCCAACUUUGUUCAACUUGAAUUAGCCAAAGGUUCACCAGAUGUGACAGUAAUCUUUCUUAGUGAAACGGGUGUGAUAAAUGAGUUUUUGACUUCAGUUACUUGUAUUUUUUUUUUAACACAAGAUUUAAAAAGAGUCCAAACUGGUAUAUUCAGAUCACCAGGCUGAAUAAAUCCCUUUAAAAACUCACCUGCUCUGUCUACUUUCUUCAGUUUCUGUUGCUCAGGGUGUCUUUUGUUUGCCAGGACUGUAGAUUAUUUUGUUUUUGUGAUGAGUGUUAACUCUAAAUGCUUUACAGUGGGAACUGACUGCAGAAGGCUUUAAAGAAAUUAUUGAUCAUGACAGAUUUUACAGAAUCGUCUCAUGUCAUUUAAUGUUACAAGAUAAUUCAACUUUGGGUAUUGUUUUUAUUUUUCCUUCUCUAUAUUUUUUUAUCCUAAUCCUGCUUGUAUUGUAUUUCUUUGUGCACUAGGCGCAGUUGUGUAGCAGACGGGUAUUGCUGGUUUAGCUGUUAAGGUUACGUGUUGCUCUGCUGAGUGCUCGGGUGUUUCCGGUAUUCACCAGAUUGCUCCUGUGACUACCAGCUGUCUGCUCGCUCCACUCUCAACCCUCUGUACCAUGAGUGUUUCCACCACGCUGUCAUGGAUGAUAAAUGUGACUUUCAUUAAAGAUUUUGGUGUUUUUGUCUAAAA